CCGCCCCCCGCCGCCGCUGGUCGGGGCUGUCUGGACGCCAACGGGUGAGGGAAAAGCGGCGGAGCAGUCGACUGUAGGCUGGGGUUUCCUGCCACAAAACAGCCGCUGACUCUUCGAGGGGCCUUGCAUUGCUACGUUUUCAGAGUCGUGAAGGCUUCUGGUCAACAGCUCCUGGAAAAUGAACUUAUCUGCAUGGACAUACGGAGGAGAAACGGACAAACGGAGCUCGGACUGACUGAGCUUGAAGUGGAAUAAAUGGAUUACUCUCCUUUUGGAAAGUUGUUGCCAUGGAACUCGGUAGAAUUAAAUGAUGGUUGGCAGAAAAAACAAAGGUAAGACGGCUACAUGCUGAAGAUACAGGAGAGCAGCGAGAAGAAUCUGAAAGCAGAGGCGAACACAGAACAUUGACUACACAGGGACCAAAUUCUCCUGCAGUCCAAAUGAAUAUGUGCUAUAACAAACAACUAAAAAGGAGCACAGUGUUUGAAAGGGAAUGACCAAGAAAAACCACACCUCAAACAGUUUCCAAGAGUUGAUGACAGUAUCGAUGGAUUGUUUGCCUCUGGGAGUGUUUAUUGAGGGUCUGUAUUCAGACCUCUUUAUUGUGUUGCUGCAGUUUUCAUCUCACACAGCUGUGAGUCAGGUCCUGGCAAAUGUACACAUGUUGACGAACUGAAGGGCUGCUGUGAUGGAACAAAGUCUCAAUGGUUUUAUUGAGAUUUUUUAUUUUUUUGCACAAGAUGCUAUUGAAUCGUAAUUCAGUUUAAUCCCAAAAUAGCUCUGCUUGCCUGAGCUGUUGUUAUAGCAGAGAACAUACAUGUAAAGACAUUCAACGUUGAACAUCCUGCAUGGUGGUGUAUCAGUCGCCUGCUCAGUGCCAAACUGCUUCAUGGGAAUGACCGCACAUUCUCAGUUCUGUAUUUUUCUGCAGUAGAUAUCUGCUUUUGCUGCUUAUGUGGGAUUUUUUUUAUUUCACUUUUUAAGAUCCAGCUGUUGAUGUCUUGUGAAAACAACCAUCACAGGAAAGAAGUCAGAUUUUUACCAUUUGGCCUUUUCAUGUAUUGUUUGUUCAACCUCUGUACGACUACAAAAAAGCGAUUGUAACAUCUGCAACAUAUAUUGCGGUGCUUCAGCUCUCUGGUGGAUUUGAAAAGCAUUUCCUUGUUUUAUUGCCAGGCCAUAGACUCUCUCUUUGUCCUUUAUGGUUAGUGCCACGAGCCUUCCAGUUUCUGAUCAGAAGCAUCCCUGACAGACACUGAGAGAAAGAUUUCCAUUUUUAAUCCAAACUUGGACAAAAACAAUGCAGAAUUUUUCUAACAGCCCGGCUCCCCCCGGUCUCCCCCCUGGCUUCAGUGGGAGGGGUGGAGGAGGACCUCCCUAUCCCCCUCAGCCAGCAGAACCCCAGAUCUCCCCAAGGAUGACAGAUGAGUACGCAGGGAUGCAGCAGCAGAGCCUGCACAGAGGCCAUCACCACCCAGGUCAGGCCAGCCACAUGCUUGCUUACAGCGCUAGAAACAGAGGAGCUGUGGAGGCGCUGCCAGUGCAGGGUGGGCUUCACAGUGGCAGCAGUAACAACCCUUACAGGAAGGACGCCAUGGAUUAUUAUUUUUCAAUGGGUGGCAAGGACAGGCACAGGAGGGGAGGCAUAGCUUAUGGGGCAGGCUUUGGGUACCCAAAUAUUGAUGGACAUAUACCUCACCAGUACCAGCAUGCUGGAUCUGGCUCUGCACCAACAUCUGGCCUGAUGGCACCAUAUCCAGUAGACUAUGGCUCCAGUGCUGGUUCAGGUGGAGGUGCUGGAGCUGGAGCUUUCUCUCCUUCUCAUCAGUACAGUAUGAGUCAGAACCCUGCAAUGCAGUCAGUGCCAGGUUCUCAGAUGAAACACCGCCAGCACGGGCAGACCUUCCCCGCUGUCCACCAUGGACAGCAGCAUAGGAGCUAUCCACCCUCUGGACACAGAAUGACCCCUCAGUACCCAUACUACUCCCCACAGGGUGGCACAUCCACGGGGUCAUCAGGAAUGUACAGUCCACCCCUGCAAAGAUAUCUGGACGGGGCUGCUAGCACCGGGUUUGAUCCCAAAGUCAACUGUUCUCCCAAUGUCAACUCCAGUUCAAACUCGGUGUCCAGUUCAGUUGCUGCUAACAAUGUGGGGCCGAUGGAGAAUGUUCAGCAGAGUUACCAUGCUUCAAAUUACCCUGGCUAUUCCUCACAGACACAUUCACUUCACAAGCAAGCCACCCUCCAGCACCGCAACUCGCAGCAAAGUGUAGGGGCAGGUUAUGACAGCUCUCUCAAAAUGCAGCACCAGGGCCCUUCUCCAGGGUCUGUAUAUGCUAAACAUCAUCAAGCCUCCAACCCCAGUAUACCUCAAGCAGCAGCUCAAGAAAUAGCCAAAUCCCCGAUGCACCCCAGUGCUCAACAAACCCAGAUUAACCAAAACUUUAGCCCAGUAUCCAACCCCUCUCCGGCUGUCUCUGCAGUGCACUCCCCCAGCUGUAGCUCCUCUCCUUCUCCUUUGAUGGGUGUCUCAGAGGCACACGGAAACCCCUCAAGUCACGGCCCUUCACAUCCUCCUACAUCAACCCCCCGUAGCAGCCAUGGUCAUGGCAGAUUACUGCAGACCAUGCCUCAGUUAAGUCCCACACCCAACUCAAAUAGCAGCAUCAGUAGUUGUGGUAGCAGUGGCAGUAAUAAAGCUCACAGCAUGAGUGCAGCUGGAGGGAGCAGCCUUCCCCCAGCAGGCCGUAACAAAAUGGGUCUAGGUGCAGGAAUUGGAUCCAGAGAGGAAGUCUCUUCUCUUUAUUCAUCUUCUCCACUUGAUAAAAUGCAGGAUGCUGGCCUGAAUAGUCUUAAUGCCUUGAGCUCACAAGUUGCCAAUUUACCACACACAGUUCAGCACAUGCUCCUCACUGACACAGUGCUUUCACAGAAGAAGAAGGAUAGUGGGCAGACGCAACAGGCAACACAUGGCGUGCCCCCAUCGCAACCGAGAAGUCGAAAUGCAAGUGCAGCCUCAAGUACUAGCACAAUGAGAGAUGGAGGGGCAGUGGGGGUCGGUGACAGCACCAGCUUAGACACCGGUGCUGACGAAGACUCCUCACUGAUGUCAGUUGGAGGCUCAUCAGGGACCAAGGUGGAGCAGGAGGAGCAGUUUGGUGAGGGAGAAAAUGGGAGGGUAAGGCAGAUGAGUGGUGCAAGCAGCGGAUCGGAACCAACCAGCUAUCACCCUCCAGCCCAGAGUCAAACCCAGCCACAGACCGGACACGUAUCAAAUGUUAAAACAAUCGGCUCUAAUUCACCGUCAAAAGAACCAAGUGUUUCUGAAACAAAAGCAGUUGAAGCUCAUGUUCCUUCUUUGUCGUUAUCACCAUCCUUUGAUACUGGCCCAGCUUCACAUUCAGCACCUCCAGUGUCCUCAUCCACCUCCCCCAGCAUUCCUCCUCCCCAGCCAAAUUGUUUUUCAGAGCCUGGCUCAGUAUAUAAUGACCACAGAGGUGGGCACAGGAAGGCAACAGAAAUUAAAAAUGAAGUAAUCAAAAAUGAAAGUGAAAGCACAGUUGAGAAAACGGAGAAAAGCAGCAGCCAUAUGCGACAGGUCGGAGAAGUCGAUACACAAAAUGGUCAGGACAAAGAAAAUAGAUUGCACACUGCAUCGAGAAUACACAAAAAUGAGAGGGAAGAAAAGCACACAUCUGAGGAGCAGCAAAGUGCCAGUGGUGUUGGUGUGAUUGUCUCAGCUCGGUCUGAGGGAAGGCACAUGGAAAAAAGCAAGCAUCCCCACGACAACUGUAUAGAGGAGAAACAGCACCACUCUUACUUAAGGGAGUCGAGCAACCAGAAUGGGGACGAGGGUGUAGAUCUGAGCCUGUAUUCCUCCCAUCACCAGAAAUCAAAUUUUGGACGGCCUCAAAAUCCUCCCCAGUCUGGACCACAUAAAUUUGGCUACCCAGAGUCAACAUAUGGCUCAGAUUUGUCAAUGAAGAACAGAGGGAGGGCCGGCCCAGCUGGCGUAAUGGAAUCAAAUUCCAGAUACUUAGGGUACCAGCAGUCGCAAACUGGUUAUGGCCCUGUGCAUCCAAAAGAUACUGGUUCUGUGGCAGAGGCCUUGGUGAAGAGAGGGCAAGGAGCAGGAGCUAAAGGGCAUGAGGAAAAUUCACCAAUGCAGCAGUUUCCAAGCCUUUUACAAGAGGUUCUUCAAGGCUAUAAUGUAGACAGACGCUAUGGCAGAGAUGGGCAGGCAUUUCCUGCCCAUCUCCAAAUUCAACAGCAGUUUCAAACCAGACAUUUGUACAGCACAGCUGAAAAUAUGAGGAUGCAAAGUGGAGCGGCUGAAGUUUCAACUCAUUCUGCCCAAAUGGGGACCUCUGGAAAGCCCCCACAUCCAAACCAGCGGCGUGGAAGUGAGCCUGACUUCACUGAUCCUCAGUCUUCAGUGAAGUCAGAAGUGUCUAAUACUAAGACUUUGCAAAAUGCUGAAAACACUGAAGUGGGUGUGUCUCAGAGUCAUCUACCACAGGCUACAGAGUCUCAGCAGCCUCCACCAAAACAUAUCAACUUAGCUGACUAUUCUCUGCCACAGAGAAAAGCCUUAUCAAACGUGUCCACACCGUCCUCUGCUGUGCAGGAGCUGCUUUUGCAGGAACCAGAGCCACUAACAGGCAGCACCGUUCAAAUUGAGUCUCAGAAAUCAUCAGGCUCCGCAUUAGCGCCAUCAGAACGGCGCUCUGUCAUCUGUGACGUGUCACCAAACCGACGCAGCACACCAGAGAGGGACAGGGACGGCGACAGAGAGAGGGAGCGGGAGAAAAGUCAAAGCGGAGCCUCCGUGAUUCAACAGCCUUUUUCCUCCCCAGCAGUAGCCAGUGAUCUGAGUAAAAAAGAGACUGGAGAGAAACACAUGGUGAAAGUGGAAAAGGCAUCGAAAGAGGGUGCCCUGGAUGCUGCACAUUUACACACUGAUCAUCACAGCAGUGGUAGCGCUAGUGAGGCUGAUAUGGAGUAUCAUUCCAAGUCUGUUCAUUCAUCAGUUGUAAUGAAUGCUGAGCCCUAUUGGCGAGGUAAUGUUGAUCUUUCCCCGUUGCCUUCUCAUCCUUUGAGCACUAAUCCUUUGUCCUCACCCUCAAGGCAUCAGUCCUAUCUCCAUGGUGUUGAUCUAUCCACUAGCAGCAGCAGCAGUUUUCCUGGAUAUCGAUAUGGAGAUACAAGAGAAGGCAGUGUAAUGAUGCCACACAGUAACCCUCAUUUUUCCUCCCACCAUCCGUACCACACUGUGUCUUCCCAAGCUCAGCCCACCAAUAAGCUUCACAUGUUUCCUCACUCUCGUGGCCCCCCUCAUCACCCCCAUGACAUAAGUGAAUGGGUUAAAGCAAUGAACAGGCCAUCAAAGGAGCUGCUGAUGCAGCCUGGUUCCUCUCCAGGAAGACAUAAAGUCAGCCAGUCAGAGCAGAGACAGAGGAUGCUCUCCCAGACUGAUAUGCCCGGUGAACAGCAUGCUACCAAAACACCACUCCAUCAUCAGAGUGCUUACUUCGAUAUUAAAAUGUGGGAGUCGACACACCCUGGAAGAGAAAGUGGUAGAAUGAUCGAGGGAGACUCCUACUACCGAGCACAGCCACCUCUCCCACCCCCUGCUCCUGCUGCAGUAGCUUCACACGGCCCUGCUCCUCCACAGAUGACUCCUAGCCAAAAUGUUGCUGACCCUGAGGUCUCCAGAGGAGCCGCUGAGGAAGCCAAGCAUCCCUGCCCACCUCCUCCAUCCGGCUCCACUAAGCCUCCUGCUGAUGUGAACUCCGCCCAGCCACAGAUGCAGCGCCAGAACAAAGCUGGCAUUUCUGGAGACACAAAUCCGUUAAUACUUAGAAGGAGAGUUCGUUCUUUUAUCUCCCCUAUUCCUGCCAAAAGGCAACUCCAGGAUGCGUCUCAGCAGAGGGCCACAAAUUCACAUCACUCCCCUGCAGCUCAGUCGGAGUCCAGCCAUCACAAUGACGAUGACUUAUCCAGUUCAGAUAUCCCGUGUCCCAGGCUGUGCUCCCCUCUGCCCAGAGAGAACACCUACACACAACCUGUAUCUCCAUCAAGUGCUCAUACCAAGGGUUUGCCUGCCAGGAAAGGACGAGGUUUGAAACUGGAGGCAAUAGUGCAGAAAAUCACACCAAAUAUUAAAAAGCCAGCAGGCCUCGCUGAUGAUGAGCCGAACCAUUACCCAGGCUUCUCUCACUCCGAAAUCCCACCGUUUAAUGAUUCACAGGACCAAGACUUAGCACAUUUCCCGAGGGUUGCAGGAGGUGAUGAUAGUUACAUGGAUGAAAGUCACUCAUUAAAUGACAUGAUUCCUUUCAGAGGAGUUGAUGAGGCUGGGCCUUUACCUCCGACUGCCUACCCGUGUGAUCCCCAUCAGACUUCCCAAGCUCUCAAACAACAAGACUUUGACUUUGGAUUAGCAGCUGCUGUGGCAACGGCAUCUGGCGACAAGGAGGACUUUGCUUUGCUCGGACCUUUACCCCCUCCUCCUCCUCUUCCUCGCCCGGUCCAGGGUUCCCCACCUCCAUCCUCGUCUGCCCUGUCAGAUAUUCAGCAUUUCACCAACACUUACCAGCAGCUUGAGACAAGACGAGGAGAGCAGUCUGCUGCUAAUCUUCUUCGACAGAAACUUCAGGAAUCUGGCAUUGGCUUUGAUGAUUAUCCUGGCAGUGAGUUCUAUGGGACCACCCCGCCCCACCACAGCCAGACUCAAGGACACAUUCUGAACAGGCAGCUCCACCUGUCCUCUGCUAGGUCCAGUCUGUCGCCACAGGAUUCUAAGCCACUAGAGAAUGUUGUGCCCAAAGGUUAUUUCCCAUCUGGCAAGAAGAAGGGCAGGCCCGUGGGGAGCGUGAAUAAACAAAAACGGGUCCAGAACCAAGCCCCGGCACAGACACAGGUUCAGCCUCAAAUCCAAACACAGAACACAAGUCUGACUGCUCCUCCAGCCCCACCCACUCCAACUCCAGCUGCUGCCCCUGCUGCACAGACACUGCAGACUACCAGCAGCACAGCAGCCCCUGCAGCAUCCCCCCUGCCAGACACUAAAACCACGCCCCCACUGGCCCCGCCCAUUUUAACCCAGGUAGUUAAAGCAGAUGUCGAGAGUGAAGACACACAGCCAGAGAUUGAGGUUAAACCUGUGCGACGGAGACGCAGAGGCAUGAAAGAUGAAGAUGAGUCACUGGAAGCCAGAGGACAACAGAGGAGGAGAAGGAGAGAGGCGGCGGUGGUGGCUGCACCGUCAGUGGCCAAAGAUGACCCGGAUACACCUUUAGGAGCAGGAGGGACCCUCGGCAUGAACAGAAUCUGCAUGGACCCAAACAGAAAGGGCCUGUUUAUUCCACACAUUCAUGUGGAGAAAAAGAUACCAGAGAUUGGAGCCGUGUGCACCAUUGUAAAUGCUGAGGAGGACAAGAUGAAAGGAGAGCGUAGUGCAGCUGGCGGGAAGGCAGGCGGGAGUGGAACGGAUUCUCUCCUGACCUCGCCUCUUUCUUUCCAGUUAUCUAGGAGAGACAGAGAAUCCGAGAAGAGGGAGCCGGGCGAGGUGGAGACUACAAUUCAGUCAGGAAAAGCACUUCCUUCAUCUGGCUAUGUUGUUUCAGGCCCUGUGAUUACAGAGUCCAACCACUCUGGCCGUCUGCUUUGCUGCCUGUGUCAGAAAUGGGCAAAUUAUAAACACCUUGGAGAUCUCUAUGGGCCUUACUAUCCAGCUGAUUAUGCCGCAAAGCUCCCCAAGAACCAGCCCCAGGUCAGGCAGUGUCAAGCUGCCACAGGCACAAACAAACCAGGACCAAAUUCAGACAUAAGCUCAAAUGCUGUGAGCACUGUCCAGGACUCACAGACACAAGACACUCAGUUUACCAAGAGCUCAGCUGAGAGCGACUAUGUCAGCCUGGAGUCAAACUUAGCGGCUCUUCCCACAGUCAGACCUGCCUCCCCCGCUGUCAGAGAGGAAAUGAUGAUGCAUGUGGCUGGCAACUUCAGUAACAGCACGUUCUCUUCUUCCUCCUCCACCUCCACCUCCACCACUAGAACAAGAUCUCUAAACUGGGACGUGAGUCUGGAUAUCCGGCCUAUCCUUGAGCUUAAGAGAGAGCCAGACCUUGAGAGUGACCAGCAUCAGGCACCGAAACAGCUUCAGCAGCCAGCUGAUGAAGCUCAACAGCGACCUCAGCACAGAAAGCUCACCUCACACCCCCGCUUCAAGAGGAGACAUAAAUCUAGUGAGGAUUCUCCCAGAAUGGUGCCAUCCAAUAGCAAGGCCUCCCUGCCCUUCCAGCCCCCCCCACCAGCCCUGGACUCUAUGGGACCCUUGGCACAGCUCGCCCAGCUGCCUCAGAUGCCCAUGGAUCCAGAGGAGCUGUGGGUCCAUGAAGGAUGUAUAGUGUGGACCAGUGGAGUGUACCUUGUCAACGGGAGGCUGUACGGCCUGCAGGAGGCACUAGAUGGUGCCAGAGAAGCGUGCUGCUCAUACUGCGAGAUGGUUGGCUCAACACUGGGCUGCUACAGUAAAGGCUGUACACUUCGCUACCAUUACCUGUGUGCUAUUGAAGCAGAUUGCUCACUGAACGAAGACAACUUCUCGCUGCGGUGUCCGAAGCACAAGGUAAAGAAGGAGAGUUUACCCAGAACACCCGGCCAGUCAAGCCAGUGUACCUGGAGCAGUCGGAGAGAGGCUGAGGGAAACGUAGAGGACCCGCAGAUACAGGAGUGUGGGAGCUGUUGGUUUGGACAGUAGACGCCUGAGAAGCCGGUUUGUGAAGCAGCUCCAGGACGGGACUGGUGUCUUGGACAGAGAACAUCAAAAGGGAAUGUACAAUUUCUUUACAGGAAUCAGAAUUAUUUACAUGUCACAAAAUGGAGGGAAAAACUUUUUCUAAGAGAAUUGUUGCUCUUUACUUGAAAGAAAAAAACAUGGAUGUGCAACACAAAGGAACGACUUUAAAAAAAUUCUACAAAGAUUGAAGUGGAGUAAAACGAGACCUGAAGGCUGACGGACGAGCUAAAGGAACUUUUCUAUAAAGAACAAAAGAAAUAAAAAUCCUCUCUAGGCUUUCUUUGAUUUUCCUCACAUGCCCUCAAAGUAUUUAACUCGUGUAUCAUCAUCUGUAUUUUCAGUUACCUUUAUUCAUGUUUUUUUUAGUUUGGUUUGAAAAGCCAGAUUGGGAGCGAGUUGGGUGUCGGACCCUGAGAAAAGAAGGAGAGCAUUUUGUAUUCUCUCAUAACUAGUAGUUUAUCUUAUACAUUUAGGACGAUCACAAUUAUUCUUUUAGUCAUUAUUAUUUUGUUUCCUCAUUAGUAUUUACUCAUACAAAUGAAAUGGAUGUAUCUCACGUUAUAUUCAGUCAGAACAUGAGUUGGGUUGUUUUUUUUCCGUUCCUGGAGAGGGAGCAGCCAGAGCGACGUUGUCUCUGUUGUCAGGGUCGAGUUUGCCACAAAGACAUUAUUGCCUUGGAGAACGGACAUCGGUUGCCUUUCAAAGUCAUGCGUAUGAGUGAGGAGUGUGUGUGUGUGCGUGUGUGCGUGUGUGUGUGUGUGAGAGAGAGCAAGUGGGAAAUGUUGAUACCUGGGUCUUUGAUUCCAUUUUGGUCCUUCUGAAAAGUGUUCUUAUUUUUCAUCGCUGGGGUUUUUAUGGUACAGAUAGUGUUCACGAAAAAUCAGAUGGACACAAUCUUAUUUUUCAAGUACAAAUGUUCAUAUUGUGCGAAGAGAAGGACAGAGCCUUGAGAGAGGAGGAGAUAACACUACGGACUAAUGCGUGUCUGCCAUCUUUAACCGUGCAUCUGGACAAAGAUGAAGGACACGACACAGGAGUUUUCAUGGGAGUGCGUUACAUCCAACUGACAGCUGUCGGUCCCGGGGACUGUGAUGAAACAUUUCUGAAUGUAGAAACUUUGGCGAGGGUGUCGUAUGAGCGGCUGCGAUUGGCCAGUGGGGAAGGAGCCUAACCAUGUACUUUUGAAUGGUUUCAUUCUUGAGUGACUCAGCAGCGAUUUGACCAAGACAUGCAAAAUCCAUUGAAAAGAAGCAUUGCCAUAAAGUUUAAAAGUGAGUCGUACAUGGUGUUGUCUUUAUCAUUUUUUAUUUUUAUUCUUGUAAAAAAAAAAAAAAAAAGCUCAAA